UGAGUUGCCAUGAGAACAAGCCGCAUACUUCCUUCCUUCCUUCCUGCAAAGGAAAAGGACCUGGUCACAGCAGAGGGAACAGCUAUUUUGAGUCUUAUGCAGUUGAGAAAUUGCAUGAUAUUUGCUGCUGGAUCCUUUGUCGGCUUUGUUUAAAUGUUCCAUUAUAGGCUCCGUUCAGAAACCCAGCUGACAGCCUCUUCCUUCCGCACUAACGGCCAACAACUUCCUCUUCUGAGGCCAGGGCAACCAUGACUGAGAAAGAACCAGAGCUGCAUGUGGAAGAUGAAGAAGAUGAGCUUGAUAGCAAAUUGAACUACAAGCCCCCACCUCAGAAGUCACUGCAGGAAUUGCAGGAGUUGGACAAGGAUGACGAAAGUCUUGCUAAAUACAAAAAGUGCCUACUGGGGGAUGGGCCAGUGGUGGCAGAUCCAUCAGUUCCCAAUGUAAUAGUCACUCGGCUCACUCUAGUCUGUUCCAGUGCUCCAGGACCGAUCACUAUGGAUCUCACUGGGGAUCUUGAAGCUCUCAAGAAAAAGACUUAUGUAAUGAAAGAAGGAGAAGAAUAUUGUGUCAAGAUCCACUUCAAAGUAAAUAGGGAAAUUGUAUCUGGUUUGAAAUACGUGCAGCACACUUAUCGGACAGGAGUAAAAGUGGACAAGGCUACAUUCAUGGUGGGCAGCUAUGGACCACGGCCAGAAGAAUAUGAGUUCAUGACUCCUCUGGAGGAAGCACCCAAGGGCUUAAUGGCUCGAGGGAACUACCGCAACAAGUCCUUCUUCACCGAUGAUGACAAGCACGACCAUCUCACCUGGGAAUGGAACUUGGCCAUUAAGAAGGAGUGGACAGAAUGAGUCCCACGUCACGCCUGCCUCUUUGCUUUCCCUGCCAACUGUGCUGUAUUACAGCCAUGCCAGUCUCUGGCACCUGCAUGCCAUGCUUCCUUUCCACAACCCACUUGGCCCUUGUAAUGUCACAAGAAUAUCUGCUAACGCAAGCCUCUGGUCAGAUUCUGUCUCUCCUGCUGCUUUAUUGUAAAUAAUCACAAAGAAUUAAACUGGGACAGACCAUCGUUUCCCUGCUUGCACAGGAUCAGUCCUUGAAGUGCCUUUGCUAGGAAGAUGCAUGGUUGCCAGCAUAUCCCUAUUAAUAUCAGGGCGGAUAAGUUGUCUCCCGCUAAAAGAUAUAUGGCCCUGAGCCUUCUGCGUUCAGUGGAAACAUCUUUGGCUAUUAGUGGAUUCAAUCUCAUUUAAGCCUAUUCUAGUGUCAUUUACAAAACUGCAUUUGGAAAUCUUGCCUUUAUUGGUAACAGGAGACACAGUUUCUGCCUUAGCCUGUUAUGAUUUCAGUGUCUUUGAAAAUAAAACCAAUUUUGUCCUUUG